AUGUCCGACAACUCUGACAACAAUGAACCCAUAAAUGAACGUCUCAAAUUCCUGCGCCUCCUGGAGCAGAAGGGAGAGGCUGGCGGUCACAUUCAGAGGAUGUUGGGAGCCAGGAUUGGGUUGCAUAGAAGAGGGGAGGCUGAGGUUGAUGAGGUUGUCCCAAGAGGGAAGAUUGAGGUUGUUGCUGGGAUGGAGCUGCACCGAACGAGGUACCUGGCGUGGAAUGAGAUUGUCCGAAGAGGGAAGGCUGAGGUUGCUGCUGUUGCUGGAACUGCUGGAUUUGCGGUUGUGGGAUUUGCUGCCCAAAUUGUGAGAAUCCGAAUGUUGGCCGGUGCCGAGAUUGGUUCGCGAAAGAUUUAA